UUAGAUCGACUCUUUCGACAUCGGUGUUACUCUCCAUCACGAUGUGAACUGGAUCGUUCCCAAAGUCAUUUGUUCCCUAAGUCGAUCUGUCUUUUAAUCUUGCGGCUCUCUGUCGAACGCAGAACUUUUUUUUCUCGUGCAACAUGCCGAUGUUAACGUAUAGUGGGUGCGGUGUAGGAGCUGCGGAGGCCGAAAAUGGUUCCCCAGCGGGAUCGUUACUGUCCGGCGAAGGAGAGCUCGCGGAGGAAGCCGGCGAUUCGCCUGGAACAUCGAGGGACACCGAGGAAGAAGCCACGCUUUCUGACGAGUUUUAUUCCCACGACACAGACGAGGAGGAAGAACAAAGCAAAAGACGGCGAGACCGUUCCAGCUCCCUAGAUGGCAUCUCAUCUUCUGGCAGUGGUCAUUUGGGAUCGCCCACGCCUCGUAUAGGUACCUUGGGAGUUAGAAAAUUAUUCACCAACAGCCGGGAACGAUGGAGGCAGCAGAACGUGAGCGGCGCCUUCGCCGAACUUCGCAAAUUAGUACCGACUCAUCCACCUGACAAGAAGUUGUCGAAAAAUGAGAUUUUAAGAAUGGCAAUAAGGUACAUAAGGUUGCUAAGCAAUGUUCUGGAAUGGCAAAAGAGUCAAGACCGUAAUGGGGUGCAGCAGCACGACGUGCGCAUCAAAUGCGAGUCGCAUUUGAACAAUCAAAACUCGACUACGUAUCACGUGAAGCCAGCAGUAGCGUUCCUGAAGCAGGAGAAGCUGAGUAACGAAAAUUCUCACGUUUUUCGCGUCAAUUAUGCCACGCAGAGGCAUAGUUCGCACACGUGUGACAAGAACAGCAGCAAUUUGCUGAUGAUCGCUCCUAGCGGGCUCAAUGCAGCCAUUUCCGCUGGAAAACGCUGUGUCACACCUUCCAUCGUCGUUACUCAAGGCAACUUCCACAGCAACAGCAACGGAAAUGUUAUACGUUCUCCAUCGAGCGGACGGUCCUCAAGUUUCCCGAAAUCACCGCAAGUCUCAUCGAACGCUAACAUAGUACCUAAUGGUUCCUCUUCAUCCUUGACGGUUAACGCUCCAGUUGCAAACGGAAUAGGAUCGAGCGGCUCGAAUUGUGCCCAAAAAAGAUUUAAGAUCGAACGAGAAGAAGAAGACCAAACAUCGAGAGACUGUAGAGCUCCGCCACCGCCUGUUCAUAACGUCCCGGUCAGAAAAAGGGUCAAAGUCGCCUUUAUAAAGGAUUCAAGCUCAGGAUUUCGUGGCGAUUUGUGUGGUGCAGAUCGCAAAUGAAAUAUUAACGAGAGAUGCCUGCUCGUGAAAGAAUCGACUGUCGCGAUCAUUUUGCUUUAAGUGCAUACAUGUAUAAAUAUUUCUUUCAUGCUGUAUUUGACAAUAAUUGAUACGAUACGAGAUAUUAACUAAAUAAUAUUUUAGAUCUUUCACAUGAGCUUAUAUCCCGAGUUAAUAUAUCAAAGCUUUAAAUUACUUUCAAUUACUCAAAUGCCAAAGAUACUUUUCUAU